CUCGCUUGAAACAGGCUGAUGCAUUUGCAUCAAUCAGGUUGCUGAUGUGGCCUAUCAGCAAAACUGUGAAAUGAACGCUUAGUAGUAUUGUGGUUCGAAGCUAUUACGACCUCUUACGACCUGCUGAUUUUGAGCUUCUGAUUAGUAGAGAUACGAGUGUGACAUGCGUUCAAAGUAAAAAUUGGGUGGCUCCGAAAACGUUUAGUGUAUUUCGGGGUUUGCCUAACGCUUGACUCAAGUAAUGCGAAUAGAACAUGUCUUGGACUUUCUUCCACCAUCGAGAAAAAGAAACGAAUGUCAACACGCUCAGAAUCGGACCUCCAGCCUGGGGAUGCUCGCCGCGUCAAGCACACGCGCAUCGGUAUAUCUACGAGGCACGCAAAUCAUGGCAUUCGAGGCUCCAGAUCCGCAUAUCAAGCUUAUCGAUAUUGGAGACAUAUGCCCAGAUGCUCCAGAACAUGCCCUAUGUUGUGCGCAUGUUGAAGGAUAUGUACAGCAUCCCACGAUGUUUUAUUCUUAUAUCCGCGUACCUAGUAGUGGAACUCCUGGGCGCCCUUAUACCCGCUUUUUCCCUAUGGGCUCUCUUUGCUUCCAUCUACACUGCCCGCUUAUCUCACACCCAGGUAGAGACAGCAAUGGAGACGCGUACUGUGGACAUGUCGGUGCUCGUUGACGUUGCAGUAGUAUAUCUUGCAUGCACAAUCACGAUGCGUCUUCUCAAAUAUGCCCGAAGUCGUAUAAUUCGCCCCGUGGACACUUCCAUCAGACGAGUUAACACUAAGCGCGUAUUUCACUCCCUUGCUUGCCUUGACGUGCCCACCCAUGGUAGAUCACGUAUCCUGGAUCUAAUAAAUGGCAAGCUCGGCGAUUCCCAUCUUACCUUACAAUGCGAAAUUGUCGAGAUGUCAACAAACAUCACAAUGGCGGUUGUCCGUCUACUGUCUCAGCUAUUGGUUCUAGUGACAGUCCUGCGGGAGCAACAGGAUGUUAUAAUUGUUGCAAUUCUCAGCUUUUCCCAAUCUAUACUUAGUAACUGGGAUGGCACACAAACCGUAACAGUCAGACCCUUAGUUCGAGCUGCAAAAACUACCAACAAAGAUUUCUCUCGUAUGAAGGCCCUAGAGCGGCUCGUUCUCGACCACAAAUGCCGCAAGGAGCUUGUUGCAGGAAACCUCGGCGAAUGUAUCGCUGCACAAUUCUGCGAAUCCUCCCGGCGCAUUGGCGAUGAUGCAGUUGAUUUUUCAGAAGUGGAACGAAUCCAUUCUUGUCUGAACGUGGUAUCCAUCUUGAGAGAAAUGAUACACACGUUACCUCAGGUACUCGGAAUCGACCCAGGAGUGGAGGAAGCUGACCAAGUCAACCAGAUCCUCUUCGCUCUGCGCGUCAUGCAAGAACCAAUGACCGCACCCCUCUAUUUUGUGUCGCUCAUACUAAUGUAUCAAGCUUCUUUCAGUUCCACACCCUCCUCCAAGUCGCUCUUCAGGCGGCAUUCUUCUCUUGCAGGGAAAAUUUCUUCUAUACGUGCCAUGUUUGAAUUAGCAGAUAAGGUGCGUAACGAGAUAGUCGAUGGGACAAAACCAUUCCCCGAGGACAAGCAGUCUCUUAGGAGUGGCAUUUCUAUCGAGUUCAGGAAUGUGACAUUUCAGUACCCUGAUAGCGAGAAGUGUGCUUUUCGGAAUGUUUCGUUCAAGGUCGAAGCUGGUCAACUUUGCGUCAUUAUGGGAGUGAAUGGCUCUGGAAAGAGUACGAUCUUGAAACUGAUCUCCCGUCUCUAUGACCCGACAGACGGUACCAUCCUCAUCAACGACCAGGACAUCAAAACCCUCAAACUAGCUGACCUGCGGGACGCCAUGUCCAUCCUCUUCCAGGACUACAGCCACUUCCCAGUACCCAUACGUGAGAACAUCGGACUUGGCAACCCCGCGUUCGCAAAUGAUGACGAGAAGAUCCACGAAGCCGCCCGUCUCGGCGGCGCAGAAGAGUUCAUCGACGACCUGCCUGAUGGAUUUGACACCUGGAUCGAUGAUCACGUACAAUACUGUGACAACUACUAUAAUAACAUUGGACCCUUUAUGUCGCCCGACUCGGAGUGCCUCGAUGACUUGUCCCUUGUGCAUCGCGUUGGGAAUUUUCGUAGCAACUCCUAUAUACCUCUCAGUGGCGGGCAGAUGCAGCGGCUCGCAGUCUCCCGCACAUUAAUGCGCUCAUUACCUACCGAGACAGAGCCUUCCACUGGCAUGCUGUUAUUCGACGAGCCGAGUGCCUCCCUAGACCCUACAGCCGAACAUACUCUCUUCGAGCGCCUGCAAAAGUUGAGGGGCAGCAAGACCAUGAUAUUCUCCACUCACCGGUUCGCGAAACUUACCCGACAUGCGGAUCUCAUUUUGUACAUGGACGGAUCCCUCCAGGAACAAGGCACGCACGAUGAACUAAUGAGGAAAGGGGGAGAGUAUGCUCGUAUCUGGAAUCUACAAGCGAUGGAUUUCCUCUAA